AGAGGAGCGCAGCGGAGCGCAGAGGCGGAGCGACCUCCCAGUGGAAUGACCCUACUUCCACAUUGGAUUUUCCCACUGUGCCUUGGAUACCCGGUGGGGAGCAGCUUUGCGAGCAAACGAAAAACCAAGUUAGAGACAUGAGGAGAUUUGUCUACUGCAAAGUGGUCCUGGCCACUUCUCUCCUGUGGGUGCUUGUCGACGUCUUUCUCCUCCUCUACUUCAGCGAAUGUAACAAAUGUGAUGACAAGAAGGAGAGGUCUCUGUUGCCAGCACUGCGGGCGGUUAUUUCCAGAAGCCAAGAAGGCCCAGGAGAGAUGGGAAAGGCUGUACUCAUUUCCAAAGAUGACCAGGAGAAAAUGAAAGAGCUAUUUAAAAUCAACCAGUUUAACCUUAUGGCCAGUGAUUUGAUUGCCCUAAACAGAAGUCUACCAGAUGUAAGAUUAGAAGGAUGCAAGACAAAAAUCUACCCCGAUGAACUUCCAAACACAAGUGUUGUCAUCGUAUUUCAUAAUGAAGCUUGGAGCACUCUGCUUCGGACUGUUUUCAGUGUCAUAAAUCGGUCACCGCGCUCUCUGCUCUCUGAGGUCAUCUUAGUGGACGAUGCCAGUGAAAGAGAUUUCCUGAAGACAUCGUUAGAGAAUUAUGUGAAAAACCUAGACGUGCCAGUGAAAAUUAUUAGGAUGGAACAGCGGUCUGGCCUGAUCCGGGCUCGUCUUCGGGGGGCAGCGGCUUCCAGGGGCCAGGUCAUCACGUUUCUGGAUGCUCACUGCGAAUGUACUUUUGGCUGGCUGGAACCCUUACUGGCAAGAAUUAAAGAAGACAGGAAAACAGUUGUGUGUCCCAUCAUAGAUGUCAUUAGUGAUGAUACCUUUGAAUACAUGGCUGGAUCAGACAUGACUUAUGGAGGUUUUAACUGGAAACUUAAUUUUCGCUGGUAUCCUGUUCCUCAAAGAGAGAUGGACAGGAGAAAAGGGGACCGAACUUUGCCUGUCAGGACCCCUACUAUGGCUGGUGGCUUAUUUUCUAUUGACAGAAACUACUUUGAAGAGAUAGGAACUUACGAUGCAGGAAUGGAUAUCUGGGGUGGAGAGAAUCUUGAAAUGUCUUUUAGGAUUUGGCAGUGUGGAGGAUCCCUGGAGAUUGUGACCUGCUCUCACGUCGGACAUGUUUUUCGAAAGGCAACACCCUACACCUUCCCCGGAGGAACCGGGCACGUCAUUAACAAGAACAACCGGAGGCUGGCUGAAGUCUGGAUGGAUGAGUUUAAAGACUUCUUCUACAUUAUAUCCCCAGGUGUCGUCAAAGUGGAUUAUGGAGACGUUUCGGUCAGAAAAGCCCUAAGACAGAACCUGAAGUGUAAGCCUUUUUCUUGGUACCUGGAAAACAUCUAUCCAGACUCGCAGAUUCCAAGACGCUAUUACUCACUCGGUGAGAUCAGAAACGUUGAAACCAACCAGUGCUUGGACAAUAUGGGCCGGAAGGAGAAUGAAAAAGUGGGUAUAUUCAACUGCCACGGAAUGGGAGGCAACCAGGUUUUUUCUUACACAGCAGACAAGGAAAUUCGCACUGAUGACUUGUGCUUGGAUGUUUCCAGACUCAAUGGACCUGUUAUCAUGCUGAAGUGCCAUCAUAUGAGAGGAAACCAGCUUUGGGAAUAUGAUGGGGAGCGGCUUACCCUAAGGCACGUCAACAGCAACCAGUGUCUUGACGAGCCGUCGGAGGAAGACAAAAUGGUGCCCACGAUGAAGGACUGCAGCGGCAGCCGGUCCCAGCAGUGGCUCUUACGAAACAUGACGUUGGGUGCUUGAAGCAGGGAGAGACUUGCUCGUGGGAGCAGGGGAAAUUGGGAGCACCUUGGUUUUUCUGUCAUUUCUGUUUGGUGAUGGGACCAUCCUCUUGACGAAAGCCCCCUUAAGCCUCCACUGAGGAACCAGGUCCUGGGUUAACUGUCUCCCUUUAACCUCAGUACUCCGGAGAUCCCCAAAUUUGGAACUGUUCAAAAAAAGCACAUUAGUAGGUACAUAUCCCAUGAGCUAUCUUUGGGCAUGUCAAAAGGUUUCCUGCAAAACCGAGUCUCACCAAGGGUUGUGUGUAUUUUCAUUCUUGUUAUGUCAUAUGAUAUUGCUCGACAAUAACAGAUCAGAUGCCUUACCAAAAUAACUCACGUAAUGAAUGAUUCUCUCAAAAUCAGUUAUUUUAUAAAUUCUGUCUACUCCUGCUGGUGGUGCGGCAGCAUGGAGAGACGAUUAGUGGCUGUUUCGGUUCAUAAAGUACAAAGGACUAAGUGAAAAAAAGCUUCUGAGCACUCACUCCGCUUCAAUAGAAAGACUGUUUCCCAUUUUGUGCAGGGAAAAAUGAAGUCAUUACCGUUUCAAAACUUAAGUUCUUUUUAACAGCUGAAAAUUUGAACAAAGGAGGGACAUUAAGAAAUAGAAAUUCAAAUAAAUGAAGCUACAAGAUCUUUCAGUCACACUGAGGAGGGUCAUGAGUGAUGCCACUGAGGUCGGGUAAGUGCUAGCUAAACCCCGGUCACAUGGAUCCAAUGGACAGAUAAUCCAAGAGCAGUCGCCAAUGGCUGUAGCUUAAUGCCUGAAACCUGGUUCCUUAACCAAUCCCUUUGGCAUUAAAUAUGGCAGCCAGGAUGGACAGUUUAGAAACCUGCUCAAGACUUCAGGGACUGUGACUGACCUACUAUGCCAUAAACCAAUGCAGCAUGAUGCAUUAUGGAAGGAUUUCGAGCUUUAACUCUGUUCUUGAUCUGAUAGGUCCCUUGCUAUUUUAUCCAGAUUUUCUAAACAACAUACAACUUUGAAAGAGUUCCACUGGCAUGCUGCAAUAUUAGAAUCUUGAAGCUACUACCAGGGCAGGAAAAUGUAAUAAAAUGUUAUUUGUCAUAGAUUCUCUCACAACCUAAUUUUAAUUUCUGUUUUGGGUUAUAGUCCAGGAUGGAUUAUAUAUGAACUGUUGCUCAUAGGUGAUGCUCUCACUCCUUUCUCCUUCCUGCCCAUCUCUUCUCCCUCGGCGGGAGCAGUAAGACAGUAUUUUCCCACACAACUGAGAAUGAGAUCUGACCCAACUGAUCAUGGGGGAAAGAAAAGCUACCCCCACCGGGUUCUCUUACCCCUCUCGAUAGCUUUUUCAUAUGUCCGGCUUCUCCUGUUCUGCUAUUCCCUAUGGAGAAGCUCUGUGGGCAAUGCUUCUUGGAGCCGGAAAAGGUGGUGGGCAGUCCUUGGCAGGUUGCAGAGAUGGAUGGUGAUGGAGAGGACUUUCCAUAUCAGUUUCAAUAACAGUAUUGAUUGAAGUCCUAAAAUGUGCACCUACUAUACUCCUGUGGCACUAGGCCCUUGGUGAAUGUGCAAAAGUAGCAAUGGUCCUUGAGUUAGUACGGUCCAAUGGGAGGUCGGUAGACCUGGACUCUUAUGUUCCAGUUAAAGAGCAAGAGAGUAGUUACAAAUGAAGGUCUUCGGAGUCAAUAGGAGUUGAACUCUUGUGGGGUGAUACUUUAUGCUGUAUGAUUUCGAGAGAGAACUAAAUGACUGAGAACAGAGCAUUUGUGUGUAAUGGGAUCCACUCUACACUUUGGAGUGGAAAAGGCACCAGCCAAAUGCUAGGAAUGACAAUUGUAUUUCUCCUGUCGCUGCAGGAUUCUCCCCUGCAGGCACUGGUCUGUCUCAUCUGUAGAAGGAACAGCCUUAAUCAUCUCAGGGCAGGUGGAUGGGGUGGGGAGGAGACAGGCGAUGAGCACUUUGAAACUGUUGGAACCAUCCUGGGAGAAUUACCCCAGAGAUGGCAGGAAUGGCUCCAGCCUCCAGGACCCCAACAUAAAUUCAGGACCUGUCCUUCGCAGGUACCUCCACGGUCUGGGGCACAGGGGGAACACAGGGGAUUUUGUGGUGGGGGUCUUCUUCCUCCUUCCACGUUAGGACAGAGAAAGGGAUCAUGGUUUCUUCUUCCUUUCAGUCCCUCCAUGUAAAGAAUCACUGGUGCUAGUUGAGUCAAUAGACCGUGUGAAUGACCUAUUUAAAAAUGGCAUUCCCCAUCCUGCAGGAUCAUUUCCCAUGCCAUAUUAUGCUCCCCUUUUAGAAAUAGCCAGUCAAUCAUAUUCAUUGAGCACUUACCAUGUGCAGAGCACUGUACUAAGCACUUGGGAGAGUACGAUAGAACAGUAACCAGACACAUUUUCCCUGUGUUCAGUUACCACACACCAAAAUGGCCAGUCAUGGUCCAAAGGAAGAAAAUCCAAACAUGCAUCUUUUAUUACAGAGAGUUAAAGAAACGAUGGAAAAAGUCACUUGGACAUGCAGAUUGAGCCUAGGGUCUAAUUUUGCUCUUCAAAUUGGACCCUUCCAUUGACACCGGAAAGGUUGAGCUGCCAGAUCAAAACUUAGUACAAUGCUCGGCACAUGGUAAUCGCUCAAUAAAUACGAUUGAAUGAAUAACAAAUAGGUGUUCCAAAUUGGUCAACAGCAUGAGAGGGUAUACACUAUGGUGUUUCUUCAGUGUCCCUCGGGAUUUAAAGCAUGUUCUGGGAUGACACAGGUUCAGUUAUCGCUGUGGUGAUAUUUAAUGUCAGACAAUGCCUAACUGCGAAGCACUUGUAAAGGCUGCUGAGUGCAGUUUCAUUCCACUUCUUUUUACUUGCACAAUGUCGUAAGUCGUGAAGAAGGAAGUGGUACUAAUGUGUAAGUGCCUCUAAAUGGUGAGAAAAUCAGAUUGUUCACGUAGCCUGACAGAGCAGAUCAAUGUCUUUACGAUGGACCCAAUCGUUUUGCAUUGCCUACACGUCGUGAUUGUAAUUUUUUCUGCCCACACUUGUUCUAGUCACCGCCUGCCUAGGCCAGUGCCGUGUGUGUGUGUGUGUGUGUGUGUGUGUGUG